UGGGGGAAGGGGUCGCCGGCUGAAGUUGACGGAACCGCCAUCUUGAAAAGUGCCCUCCGAUGAUCUACCUUUUCGCGCCUGUCAGAAUCAGUUUUAAAAGCUUUAUUUUCCUUUACGGAAUUUCAUGUUUUUUCAGUGUUCGUUUUGUUAAGGCCUGGGGCUAAUGGCAAGAUAAGCUACAUGCUGGAGACUCGCCGUUUACCGCUGUCUAUCGGUGUGUGCUGUUGAACUGCUGUAUGUGUGCUGUUUGUCAGUCUGUCCAUCACCGCUGUCUGCCUGCCUGUCUGUCCAGCUGGCUAACCUGGAAUGGGCCACAACUCCCAAAGACUAGAACACACCUCUUUUUAACCUGAGCUCCGCUGUCUGGACUCGUAACACUCACAGAGCCAACAUGUUUUGGAAAUUCGACCUCCACACCACAUCCCACAUUGACACGCUGUUAGAGAAGGAGGAUGUGACGCUGACAGAGGUGAUGGAUGAGGAUGAUGUCCUGCAGGAGUGCAAGGCCCAGAACCACAAACUGGUUGACUUCCUGCUGAGACCACAGUGCAUGGAGGACCUGGUCACCUUCAUCACACUAGAACCCAGUACUGAUGUUGAGGAGAAGGUUAAAUACAAGUAUCCCAAUAUAUCAUGUGAGCUGCUUACAUCAGAUGUGGGCCAGAUCAAUGACAGACUGGGAGAAGAUGAAAAACUGCUGAUGAAGCUGUAUGGCUUCCUCCAGAAUGAGCCGCCUCUCAACCCGCUCCUGGCCAGCUUCUUCUCCAAGGUCCUGUCCAUUCUUAUAGGACGCAAGCCUGAACAGAUAGUGGAGUUUCUGCGGAAGCAGGAGGACUUUGUAGACUUGAUGAUCAAACACAUCGGGACAUCUGCCAUCAUGGACCUGCUGCUCAGAAUGCUCACUUGCAUCGAACCACAACAGCUACGACAGGACGUACUCAACUGGCUGAAUGAGGAGAAGGUGAUUCAGAGACUGGUGGACAUGGUACAACCAUCUCAAGAUGAGGAUAGGCACUCCAAUGCCUCCCAGUCACUGUGUGAGAUCAUCAGACUGAGCAGAGACCAGAUGUUCCAGGUCCAGGGCUCCUCAGAGCCUGACCCACUUCUGGCCACACUUGAAAAGCAGGAGACGGUGGAGCAGCUGCUGUCAAAUAUCUUCGACAAGGAGAAGAAUGAAUCGGCAAUUGUCAGUGUUAUCCAGAUCCUCCUCACAUUGUUUGAGACAAGGAGACCAGCGUUUGAGGGUCAUAUGGACUGCCCCCCUGGAAUGUCCCACCCUUCAUUCUCAGUCAACCACAGCAUCCUGGAGGCUGUGAGACCCCGACUCAAAGACUUUCACCAGCUGCUACUGGAACCCCCAAAGGCGAAUGUGAUGAAGACAACGUGGGGGGUGCUGGACCCUCCUGUGGGCAACACCAGGCUCAAUGUGGUCAGACUGGUUGCCAGCCUGUUGCAGAGCAACACACACAGCAUCAACACAGAACUCAUUAACCUCAACACACUGGGAGUCAUACUAGAUAUGUAUUUCAAAUACAUCUGGAACAACUUCCUUCACAUUCAAGUGGAGAUCUGCACAGCCAUGAUUUUGGCUAUGCCCCCGGCCCCCACAGACAUCCAGCCAGACACAGAGCAGGAAAAUGCGAGGGAGAGCAUCCUCAUCAAACAUCUGUUUCAAAGGGGUGUGGAAGGUGGUCGGCGACGAGGCUACAUGGGUCACCUCACCAGAAUAGCCAACUCUAUAGUUCACAACUGUGACAAAGGCCCUAAUGGACCACAGAUACAACAGCUCAUCUCUGAGCUCCCAGCAGAGGACAGAGAGAAAUGGGAGACCUUUAUUUCUGGGCAGCUGUCUGACACAAACAAGAGAAACACUAUUGACCUGGUGAACACACACCACAUCCAUUCCUCCAGCGAUGAUGAGGUGGAUUUUAAAGACAGUGGCUUUCACCAGGACUCCUCUCUACAACAAGCCUUUUCUGAUUAUCAGAUGCAACAAAUGACGUCCAAUUUUAUUGAGCAGUUCGGCUUCAAUGACGAAGAGUUUGCUGAUCAGGACGAUGUUGUGGAUAUUCCCUUUGAUAGAAUAUCAGACAUCAAUUUUUCACUGAAUACAAAUGAAAGUGCAAAUAUAGCUUUGUUUGAGGCACGCUGUAAGGAGAAAAUCCAGCAGUUUGAAGAUGCUGGUUCAGACGAGGAAGAUAUCUGGGAUGAAAAAGAUGUCACCUUCGCACCAGAGGCCCAGAGACGCCCCAGGAGUUCAGGCAGCACGGACAGUGAGGAAAGCACAGACUCAGAGGAGGAGGAUGUGAAGAGAGAUCCAUUUGAAGCUUCCAACCCCAGCACCGAUGACAGAAUGGAGGUCGACACAGGGCCUGUGUGGACGGCCAAUUUUGAUGACAUCCCCAUGGACACGGGUACGUCCACAGCUCCAGCCUCCAGCCCCAACAACCCUGCUGCCUCCUCUCCUUUGUCUCCCUCUUCCACAGAAGACCUCCCGGAGGCAGGCUGGAGCUCCACUCCCCCUGCCCCCUCCAACUCUGAAACAGGCUGGGCUGAUUUCUCCAACUUCACCCCUGUCAGACCCAAAGACCCUCUGAGGUGCAACUCUCCUGUUGCUAUGGAAACCAGCAUAGAGACGAUGGACCCUCUGGGGGUCAAUGCGCCCAUGCAGCCUGAAGAUUGUGAUGGCUGGUUGGGUACCAGUGUGGCUUCUCCCUCCUCCACCACCACACCAAAAGAUUGUGGGAGACCUAAAGCGGAGGAGGAGACGGCUUCUAGUGAGCAGCGCAGCAUCACAGAGACAGUCAUCAAUGGCUCCAUGAAAGAAACGGUCAGCCUCACCGUUGACGCCAAGACUGAGACUGCCGUCUUCAAGAGAGUUUUGAAAUCUUAUCGUGAUGAAGAGAAGAGUGCUUCUUCAGAGAAAUACUCCGUAGUGGAGUGUGGGGAUACAGACAGAACGAGCAUCAACAGCUCAGCCGCAGCCUGCUGUCCCAAAACAGGCAGUGAGAAGCUUCCCAAUGGUCCUCUGGAGGAAAUGUCAGCCAUAGAGGAGGCCAAACUGGACCAGAGUGCCGUGUCCCCGGAGCCAGCUGUAAACGGGCCGGCGUGAGGGUCGCCUAUGCCAGUCAAUGUCCAGCCUGUUCUGCCAUGCAGGGCCCUCCUCCUGGCCAGCCAGCGGAGGCCACUGCUCAGAGCUGUACCAAUCACACGCCCCCACCAGGACCAGCAAUACUCCCAUUGGCUCAUCACUGACAGACAGACAGGUGUACAGACACAGGAUGAACUGAAAAGCAAAAUGAGAGACAUACUCAAAUGGAUACAGAAUAAUUUUUUUUUCUGCAUUUGUUUAUAUACUAUUGUUCUUAUGAGGUGAUGUGCGAAUGAUAUCUUGCCACUCAAAAUUAAAUAGUAAUGUUGCUAUAGUUAAAGAAAUGAUUGUAUGAAUAAAAUAUUUUAUAAAAAGAAAAAUGUAUACAGAAACAUAAGAUGAAUUACCACAGAAACAGGAAUAGCUGAUUGGUGUCUCAACCAACCACUAAGCUGUUGUCACUGGCUGGAUCUGUUAUCCUGCAUUCUUAAUACAACAGUUGCUAUAUCCAAAAUUCUCGCCCACCAUUGGUCUGUGUCUCCAAUCUACAAAUUGAAACACAUUUAAAAGAAAACACACUUAGUUUUAUUUUUGCUGCAGGUAUCAUUUGUAAAUGUUUUUCUCUUGUAUUCUUCUGCAUUGAGUAAGAUUUGACAUGCUUUUUUGGUAUCUAUUUUUUUUUUUUUUAUUUAUUAUGGAAGUAAGAUGAUGGUUAUGUUUUUGUUCCGAAAGAGCCAUACCAACACACCUUGUCCCCUUUUAGCAGGCUGCAUUCAUGCUAACUGGUUUUCUACCUCGCAGCUAGAAGGCCCAACAGGAGAGAGAGUUUGUCGUCAGUGCAGCCUAAACUGGGAGCUGUAAAUGCAUUCUGAGCUUGUGUUUUUAGACCCAACUAAACUUCUUUAGAACCACA